AUGCCUGAAGGCAGCGUCGCCCGCGGCCCCCCCAUGAACCGCACGACCCGCCGCCGCCGCGGCAACGAGCGCCUCAUCCCAUGGAUCUACGACAUAGUAGUCUGGUCCCUCGGCCUCCUGAUCGACCUCUACUUCCGCGAAGUCCACCCCCGCGGCGCCUGGAAGAUCCCGCGCUCGGGCCCCGUCAUCUUUGUUGCCGCGCCGCAUGCGAACCAGUUCGUGGACAGCAUGAUAUUGAUGCGGAUAUUCAAGAUGGAGGCGAAUAGGAGGAUCAGUUGGUUGAUUGCGGAGAAGAGUACGAAGAGGAAGUUUGUCGGGGCGAUGAGUAGGGCGGUGGGGAGUAUUCCGGUUGGGAGGGCGUUGGAUAAGGUGAAGAAGGCGGAGGGGAGGAUAUCCCUUCCAGAUGCGGAGGGCGACGCUACGCUGAUAGAGGGCCAGGGUGUUGACUUCGAGAACGGGCAGUUUGAGGUUGGUGGGUUGAUUGUGUUGCCCAAGAGUGGGAAUCAGACGCCGAGUGCGGAGAUUGCGAAGAUUGAGUCGAAGACGAGGAUUAGGUUGAAGAAGCCUUUUACGAGUGAGGUUGCGCUGAAGGCGUUGAAGGCGGAGGGUGGGAGUUCGUUUCAGGUUGCGCCGUUUGUGGAUCAGGGAAAAGUAUAUACUAUGGUGUCUGAUGAGCUCGAUGCAGGCGGAGUGAUUGGUAUCUUCCCGGAAGGAGGGAGCCACGACCGGAGCGAUCUACUGCCGUUGAAGGCUGGCGUGGCGAUCAUGGCGCUCGAGGCGUUGGCACGGAACCCGAAUUGUGGUCUUAAGGUGAUCCCUAUCGGCAUGAACUACUUCCACGCGCACAAGUUCCGGUCACGAGCAGUCAUCGAGUUCGGUCAUGUUAUUGAGGUUCACCCUGACCAGGUCGAGGCAUACAAGGCAGGAGACAGGAGGAAUGCUGUCGGAUCGCUGAUGAGCACUGUUCAGGAUGGUCUGACGGCAGUCACGCAGUCGAGUCCAGACUACGAAACGCUCAUGCUGGCUCAGGCUGCCCGACGGUUGUAUAACCCGCAUGGGAAGAAGCUGCCGCUCUCACUGGUGGUGGAGCUCAACCGACGGCUGGUGAAGGGCUACACGAUCUACAAGGACGAGCCUCGGGUGAUCGAGAUGAAACGUGAAGUGCUCCAAUACAACCGGGAGUUGCGAGCGUUGGGAGUGCGGGAUCAUCAGGUCGAAUGGGGCAACACCACGAAGCGGCCGUGGUGGCGUGUACUCUCGACAUUGAUCUACCGAUUGGGAGAAUUGGCAGUACUGGCAGUUGGCACUCUCCCUGGACUUGCCAUGUUCUGGCCGUUGUUUGUGGUCACCAAGGUCAUCUCGAUGAAGAAGUCAAAAGAAGCACUGGCGGCUUCAACAGUCAAGAUCAAGGGGCGAGAUGUCAUCACCACCUGGAAAUUAAUGGUGGCGCUUGCAGUCGCUCCGGCACUGUAUGCGUACUACACGAUCAUCGUCUCGAUCUGGCUGGUCUACAACCGGAGAGGCGGCUACUACAGCGACAAGGUGCCAUACUGGAUGCUGGCUCGGACAUAUGUGCCUGAUUGGGUGCCGAUAUGGUUGUUUGCUAUCGCCUUCACGAUACUUUGUAUUUCACUCACAUUUGCCGCGCUGAGGAUCGGUGAGAUCGGCAUGGAUGUGCUAAAAUCGCUCAAGCCAUUGAUCGUUGCGUUGGAUCCUCGCUCGUCGAGCUCUUUGGCGCGGUUGACAGAGCAUCGCAAAGAACUGUCAGCCAAAGUUACGGAUGUUAUCAAUGCCUUCGGUCCAGAAGUGUACCCAGACUUCGACGCCAAUCGCAUCGUCGCAGAUCCGUUCAGAGAAGGCGCAUAUCAGUCACAAUAUCGCGAAAUCCCAGAGACCAAGGUUGAAGGCGCUACGGAGCCCACUACGCCAACUGCUGCAGAGCUGGAGGACAACACUUUGUAUGGACGCUCUCUCAACUUCCUACCGAGCAACGAAACAUUCAUGAACAUUGGCAGCUUUGGCUUCUUCUCAUCGCGGCCUCAUACGCCAAAGAGUCGCAGCCGUAGCAGCUCAACUGGUGCUGGUCUGGGACGGGGUGACGGAUUGAAGCCUUUCAGCUCGAUUGACACCCAGGACUUGAGCCAGCGCAUUCGAGGUGCGAUGAGGGAGCGCGGCAAGAAGCGUGCUAGUAACGCGGGAAUGAGUGAGAGUAGCUGGGAUGCUGUCUCUGAACCAGACGAAGAGGGUGUCGAGAGAAAGAAGGAGCGUUGA